AUGUUUAUGGUAGCGUCUUCGGUGGUGUCAACUAUUCUCAUUCUCAAUUACCACCAUCGAAAUGCGGAUACACAUGAAAUGUCCCCUUGGAUCAAAUCGCUAUUUCUUCAUUGGCUACCCUGCGUCCUGAGAAUGAGGAGACCUGGCCACGGAGACAAUAGGGACUCAUCUGGGAAGUCGAUGCAGCUGCAUACCCUAGAGCUGAAAGAGAGGUCUUCAAAGAGCCUUCUCGCCAACGUUCUAGACAUCGAUGAUGAUUUUCGCCACGGCCCUCUCCAGGCUUCCAGUCAUACCUUCAUUCGUGCGCACGAAGAAGGUACGUCAACAGGUACUUAUUGUUUCAAUAUCAUCUGUCUUGUUAUCAGUGUUAAAUGUUGCUUAUACCUCGAAGACGAUAAAAGUUAG